AUGCUGGUGUCCACGCGCACUGUCCAUUCGGCUGCAGCCUCUGCUGCGAGGCCGGCGAACGAGGCUGACGGCACUGCGGUUGUGGAAACUAUGGGAGCAUCACCCGUGACUACUUUGCAACCCGGCGAAAGCGCAAGCGCACCAACCGAGACGGCGACUGCCACCGGUGCAGUGGCCACUGCGGAGUCGCAGAGCACGGGGGCAGCAGGUGAUCAACAUUCUUCGCAGAGUACCACCACCGCCGCUGCAGCGACCGCAACGGAGACGAUGCCAGCAGACCAGGUAGGUGUGUGGCGGCGUGCCUGGCGAGCCUUCAAGAGCGAAGGCACGGACUUCUCCAUCUUCUACCUGCCCUUCUAUAUUGGUACAUUUGUAUUCUUCUACUUUGCAUUUUCGAUGGGGCUGAUGCGCAAGGAGGCAAUCCUCGACUACGUGCUCUCCUGGAUGGGCGACAGGGUCGACCGCGCCAAGCUGCACACCCGCAUCGCCGCGUGGAAUUCCUGGGCCAACAUGGGCUUCGCCAUCGCUAUCAACGAGUUGGUCGAGGUUGUACGCCUCCCUAUGGUGUUUGUCCUCUACUAUGUAAUGAGGCCGCACUCGAAUCACUUUGCGCGCUGGCUUGCCGGCUUCAUGCGUUGCUUGCGGCGUGGUAAGUGGACUGACGGUGCGGCGAAGGUGUAG